AGCGUUUAAAGAAAGGCAAAAACACAUAUCCUUGCUUGAAAACACACAGACACGUUAGUGCACACACAAACACACAGACACACACACACACAAACUUGCAGCCACAUUAACAAACUAUAUCAUAAUUUCAUUGGAAAUUCAAGGCAACCUGUCUCUGCUCUGCAACUGCUGAUUACAGGAUUUCUACCCAGCUGUCUCCAUGGCUCUUUUCUUUUGUGCUGGUUGGCUACUGUGUGUUUCUCACUCUGCCUCGGCCACUGUUGUCGCCGACACGGACUACGGAGGUGUUCCUCUGUGGAUUGACCGCCUGCUGGGUGAGCCCAGUGUGCUGAGCCUGCAGGGGAGGAUGGACCCAGCUUGGUUCCGAGCUAACAACCCGCAGACCUGCCCUCAACAGUGUGACUGCCCCAUCCAGUGGCCCACAGCGAUCUACUGUGACCACAGAGGCCAGGCAGACAUCCCUGACGGCCUGCCGGACACAACUCAGUACCUUUUUCUACAGCACAACAACAUCUUGUCCUUUUCCUCCUCUGUACUGGUCAACAUUACCGAGCUCCGCUGGCUCAUCUUGGACCACAACUUGCUGACGAGUGACACGCUGGACGCCCUGCAGAACCAGACCCAGCUGUGCUACUUUUUUGCCAACCACAACCACCUGACUUCAGUGCCCGACGUUCUACCAGCAGGACUCAGGCAGCUGCGCCUGGCUCACAACCAAAUCAGCAGUAUCAGCCCCGGAGCUUUCCAGAAACUGCAGAACCUGACGUUGCUGCUGCUGCAGGGAAACAGACUGCAAACCAUCACAGAGGGAGACCUUAGAGGUCUGAUCAGUCUGAAUCUGUUACACCUCAGUGAAAAUUUGUUCUCAACCAUCCCAAGACAUUUACCUUCGUCCAUCCAGCAGCUCUAUCUGUCCAAUAACUCUUUAUCUGGGCUGGAUAAGGGAAGUUUCACCGGGCUCCUAAAGCUUAAGUACCUGCGUUUAAGUCACUGUGGUUUGCAGAGUAGUGGUGUCCACCCGUGGGUCUUCAAGCUCUCCAGCUUGGUGGAAUUGGACCUUUCUUACAACAAACUAACAACCAUUCCUACAGUUCCCUCCAGCCUACAGUACCUCUACCUGGAGGCCAAUGAAAUACAAGAGUUCAACAUAACCAGUUUCUGCAGAGAGGUGGGACCUGUGUCCUACUCCAGGAUGAAGAUCCUGCGAUUGGACGGAAACAAAAUGUCCUACCAUCAGAUGCCCUCUGACUGGAUCAACUGCCUGCGAGAGCUUGAAAGUAUUUACAUCUGACCCCACCUGAAAUUAGGAUUUCCUGCAUGCAAGUGAACAAGAAUAUGUCAUGACUCAUCGUUUAUGUCCAACUCAUCGUUUAUAAACUCAAAUAACCCAACCUCAUAGCAAGAAAGAAUUUGAUUUGUCUUCACUCCACAGUCAGACGCUGAAGAGAAAACUGACCUUCAAAAUAUGCCAAAGCUUGAACUCAUUCACUUAACCAGUGUUAUUUUACUGUAAUGCCAAAAGUUCUGAUCAAAACAUUUCUCAUACCACCAACGCAUUCCCAUUGGUUUCUGUCUCUCAUCCCGUCCAGCCUCAGCAUUGUUGUACAUCUGUGUGUUAUUAGCGUGUAGGAACUGUGACAAACCCCUCUCAUUUCUGACUGUACAGAGAAAAGUGCUCUGGUUAAAGUGAGCUGUCUGAGAGAAAAGGGAAAUAUGUAUUAAUGGCAACAUGCAGGAGCUUUCUCUUCAGAGCCUCUGACUCAGUCAGCUGCAGUGUUGAAUUGCCUCACCAUCCACCACAGGAGCAGGGUGAGAGAUGAAACUUUUUUGAUUCAGCCAUUGAAAAUAUAAUAUAAAUGUAAGAAAGUAAACUUCAACAUUGAUUUGUCAAACUUUUUCUAUUUUAUAAUAAAGAGAGGUGACCUUGUAUUAAAAAAAUCAAUAAAUCAGUAAGCAAAAUGUGCAUAGUAACAGCAGCAACAAUGUAUCAGUGAUUUCAUUAUGA